UGGGAGGAAGUUCACACAACUUUGUUUAUUCUACUCAGAAUGGGCCAGAACGAAGCACACUGACAAAUCAAGACAUCGGAGCGGUGAAAAAGGGAGCGACGCAGAGAUUGCCUCGCUUUCAGGCUGUCAUGACAGAGGCAGAUAGGAAAGAGAACACAAAGCAAAGCCAGAAUAUGACCACUAUGCGAUACAUCUGCCUUUUCGGCAUGCUCUCUGGGAUUGCCUGUUUAUCUUCUGCCGUCAGCAUUGAAACAGAGCAACAGACAUCGUUGAAAGUGUGCGCUAAGGGAUUUUUCCUUAGUGAGCGAAACACAUGCCUGCCCUGUAACUGUAAAGGCCAUGCAGAUCACUGUGAGGACAUCACUGGCAUUUGCUUUAAUUGCAGGGAUCACAGUAUGGGUGAUUUCUGUGAAAUGUGCGAAGAUGGCUACAUGCCGACACUUAGUCUGGUCGGAACCCAUAGCUGCCAACCCUGCGCCUGUCCUCUCUCUGUCCCGUCAAAUAAUUUUGCACUCUAUUGUGAUAAGCAAGGUGACACUCAACGGUGCAAGUGCAAAGAGGGUUAUGCUGGACAUACCUGUGAGAGGUGCGCUCCUGGUUACUAUGGCAUGCCAAUGAAAAUUGGUGGUUCCUGCAAGCAAUGUGACUGUAAUGGCAACUCUGACCCAAAUCUAAUCUUUAAUUGGUGCCACAACGUCACCGGCCACUGCCAGCACUGCUGGGGCAACACUGCCGGGCCGAAUUGCGAGAGGUGUGCACAGGGUUUCUAUGGCGAUGCCAUUGGUGCAAAGAACUGCAGAGAGUGUGAGUGCAACAAAUGUGGCACAUCCUCAUGUGAUGACAGGACAGGAGUGUGUCACUGUAAACCAGGCGUCACCGGGCGACUGUGCGACCGCUGUGAGGAGAGUUACUCAGGUUUCUCCAGCUGCCAGGGCUGUCAGAGAUGUGAAUGCAGGCCAGCUUCACUUCGUCCCACCUGCCAUUCUCUCACUCACAGCUGUCUGUGCCGCCCGGGUGCCGGAGGCCGUUACUGUGAGAGGUGUCUCCCAGGCUUUUGGGACUAUAGUCCAUCCGGCUGCAAGAAGUGUGAUUGUGAGAGCGGUCACUGUGACAUGCAAACAGGAGAGUGCCUACCAGAGCCUGCAACAGUCAACCUUUGCAAUAUCAGCUGUGAUGAGUGCAUCUGGCAUGUUAUCGGAGACCUGCAGCUGUCUAACAAAACGCUGGACCAUUUGAGGGUUGGAGUGUUGAACAUUUCUACUGGAGCUGCUGUGAAUGACAGAGUCAAAUAUUACAAUUACACUGCUCAUCACUUGCAGAAUCAAUUCCAUUCCUGGAGAAACAAACAGUCUGAAAUAAAAAGAGAAACUGGGGAGUUGGAAGACUCCACACAGGAUGUGGUUUCAUUCAUCAAAAAGCUCAGUGAAUCGGAAAGUGUAGUGAACAAUCUGAAGAACCAGCUUGAUGAGGAUUCACAACAAACUUUAAUUCUAGCUGAGCAAUUCAGCAAAAAUCUCACUGACCUCAACAUGCGCAUUGAAGAAAUGAUCCAUGAAUGGGAGUUGUAUAGUGUUUAUCAGGAAGCGGACCCCGAGGUGGUCAGGAGGAAGACAGAUGAAGCCAUAAGCACUGUAAAUAACAUGAGGAAUCGUGAAUUGUCCACACAAGGGCCAAUAACCAUUGAAGAGUCAACAGAGGCCCAUGACUUGCUAAGGCGGAUUCGUCAGUUGGAGAAGAAGUCAGUGAUUACAAAUGGCCAUCUCUCCACAAUCAAGAUGGCUUUGUCAAACUUCACAACCAAGCUGUCUGAAUCGGAGUCCUUCCUCCAGAAUGCAACCAGCACAAUUGAUGAGACAAAGGAUAAGAACAGUGGCAAUGUCCUCAAAUUCCAGCGCAAUGAGGCAACACAGCAAAGGAUGGCAGCAGAGGCUAUAGCUAUUCAAAACAUGACGGAAAAAGCCAAAGAUAUCAUUUCUGAAUCAGAAAAAAACGUAGCUCAAAUGGAUAUGAUGGUCCAGAAUGCAACACAGUACCAUGCUGCAAUUGAUGGUGCCAAUCAAAAGCUGAUAGAGAAGAUGGAAGAGCUCUCAUCUGCUGAUUCAGACUUGAUUCGAAGGGCAGAUGAGCAUGCUGAAGAGCUUGAGCAACAGGCUACCAAACUGGAGGAGAAUCUGCGAGAUAGCAAUGCCAACGGCAUUGUCCAGAAGGCCAUAACCGCCGCCAAUGUCUACAACAACAUUGUGAAAUACAUCGACGAUGCCAAUAUCACAUCGCGUACCACCCUGAACUUAUCCCAUACGGCAGACGACUCUGUCACUGGGAUCAAGACGCAGCUUAAUGACCUAGUGGUAAAAUGUGACAGUGUUUUCAAAGAAUCUGUUUCACUGUAUUCAGAACAAAAAGAGGUAGAAUCUGCAGUGGAUGACAAGCUAAAAUACAUUGAAGAAACAAAAGAAACCUUGGAUAAAAACACAGAAAAACUUGAAGAAAUGGUGAAGGAUAUUGAACCUGAGACAGCCCGGACUAACCAGCGACUGGAAUAUACACUCAAGGUGGCUGAGGGAACUCUUAACCGCUCAGCACAGGUCCUUGAGACCAUUAAACCUAUCAGUUCCAAAGUAGAGGAAUGGGAAAAUAAUCUGAAAAACAACAAAUAUUCCACAGUUGCCUAUGAACAAGCUGUUGUUUCUGCGAGAGAAUCGGUGGAUCACCUUCAUUUUCUUGUUCCUGAGCUUCUGGAAAAGCUUAAAGUGGUUGAGCAGAAAAAGCCUGUCAAUAACAUAACUACGAAUGUCAUGAGAAUCAGAGAACUCAUAGCUCAGGCCAGAAGUGUGGCAAAGAAGGCUCAAGUUUCCAUGAAGUUUAACGGUCAAUCUUCAGUGGAAAUUCAUGCUGAUACCAGCCUUGAAGACCUAAAGGCAGUGACAUCCAUCAGUUUAUUCAUGAGAGUUGACCCAGACAAGGAUCCAAUAGAGGACCGUUUCAUUUUAUAUCUGGGAGACAGAAAUGGCAAGAAAGACUACAUGGGACUUGCCAUCAAAAAUGAUAAUCUUGUGUACAUGUAUAAUCUUGGUGGUGAAUACGUUGAAAUCCCGCUGAGUUCAAAACCUGUCAGCCAAUGGCCAGCUGUGUUCAACUACAUCAAAGUAGAGAGGUUGGGCAGACAUGGAAAAGUCUACCUAAUCAUUCCCAGCCAGAGAUCCACAGAUGAACAAAAGUUCAUUCAGAAAGGCGAAGCUCCAGGAACCGACUCACUUUUUGACAUUGACCCUAAAGAUAUGGUGUUCUUUGUUGGAGGUGUCCCACCGGAUGUCACGCUCCCACCACCUUUGACCCUCGCUCCAUUUGUGGGCUGCAUUGAGUUGGCCUCGCUAAACAAUGAUGUGAUCAGUCUAUAUAAUUUCAAAAACACUCACAAAAUGGAUGUGGUUGAAUCAACACCAUGUUCCAGGUACAAACUGGCAUUCUCGCAGAGUCGUAUUGCAAGCUAUUUGUUUGAUGGAAAGGGCUAUGCACUGAUCAAUAACAUAGAACGGAGAGGGAAAUUUGGUUAUGUCACAAGAUUUGACAUUUCAGUGCGAACAGUUGCAAACAAUGGAGUGCUUUUCGUCAUGGUCAAUGCUGAAAAAUUCUUUCUCUUAGAAAUUAAAAAUGGAUAUUUGCGCUUAAUGUAUGACUUUGGCUUCAGUGAUGGUCCAAAGGUUUUGGAGGACAACUUACCAAAAUUGAAAAUAAAUGAUGCAAGAUAUCACGAGAUAUCAGUAAUCUAUCAUCAGUCAAAGAAGAUUAUCCUUCUAGUGGACAAAGGCCAUGUUAAGUCUAUGGAGAAUCCGAAAACCACUUUGCCAUUCUCAGAUAUCUACAUAGGUGGGGCCCCCUCACAUAUUGUCCAAUCAAGGCCCGAGCUUUCUGCCGUGGUUGGGUUUAAAGGUUGUGUCAAAGGCUUCUUAUUCCAGAAAAAAGACUUCAACCUCUUGGAGGAGCCUGGCACAAUUGGCAUCAGUAGUGGCUGCCCUGAGGAGUCUUUUGCAUCUCAUAAAGCCCAUUUCAUUGGUGACAGCUACUUGAGGUCCUCGGCAAAGAUUUCACCAUUCAGAAAUUUUGAAGGAGGCCUCAACUUUAAAACAUACGAUGCCAAUGGACUACUAUUCUACCAUACUGAAGGGCCUGACGAAUUCAGCAUCUCCCUUGAGAACGGAGCAGUGGUGAUGAACAUACUUGGAACCAGAGUUAAAACACAUAAGAAACACUAUAAUGAUGGAAGGACGCACUUCUUGUUAGCCUCAGUGAACAAUCAGAAGUAUUUAUUAAUGGUGGAUGAUAAGGACAAGCAGGAGAAGAAGCGCUCACAGUCAGUCACAAGACCCUCUUCUGUUUCUUCAGUCAAGAAUUUUUACUUUGGAGGAUCACCAAGUAGCAACCUCCAAAACUUUACAGGCUGCAUUACGUAUGCUUAUAUUAACAGACAAGACCGAGACAUUGAGCCUGAGGACUUUCAGCGCUAUAUCGAGAAUGUCCAGACUGAACUGGAGGACUGUCCAGUGCAAAAGCCUCCUUCUGCUUUUUCGUCAAAACUCAGGGAUGACAAACACGUAGCUAAACAAAGGCGAUCGCGACAGGUUAACAUGGAAUCUGAAUCUAGCCACAAAGUUGCUCCCUGCCAUCCCUCAUCAAGUCACCAAGCAAUACAGAAUUCCUACCGUUAUGGCAGCUUUGCAAACAGUAGACAUCACUAUAGAGAGCUCCCGGAAUCAAUUUCACAUUUGUCCAACGUUUCCUUAUCCCUAAGGACCAAGACAUCAUUUGGCCUCAUUUUUUAUGUAUCUGACAUCCAAGAGAAAAACUUUAUGACUCUUUUCCUGGCCAAAGGUCGGCUUGUGUACACUUUCAAUGCGGGUGAUCAGCGGGUCGAGAUCUGGAGUAAUGAAAACUGCAAUGAUGGCGCGUGGCAUAAUGUCGUUUUAACCCGUGAUGGAAAUAUGGGAAAAUUGAUCAUCGAUGGACACACAAUCCUAGGAGAAAGCUUUUUUGUCAAAGAUACAUCAUGGCAUAUCAGCACCCCCCUCUAUUUUGGAGGCGUACCACCACAGCGUGCACGAAAAAACAUUCAGAGAAACUCAUUGAACAGUUUUUCUGGCUGUUUGAAGAAUAUUCAGCUGGAUGGACACUUGUUGUCAUCUGCAGACGAAACAUUUGGGGUCACUCCAUGUUUUGAGGGACCGACUGAGAAAGGCAUAUUCUUUGCAGAGGAGGGAGGAUACAUGCUUUUGGACACACUUGACUUGGGAGAUCAAUUUGAACUAGAGCUGGAGGCGCGGCCCCAUGUAACAUCAGCUGUUCUUCUGCAUGUGCCUAUAGCAGAGGGCCAUUUCUCUGUAUACAUUCAUGAAGAAGCAGUGUCAGUUGUUUUGACUGAUGGGGUACAUGUGUUAUCGGCAACCGUUUCAGUAGGAGAGGCCUUCUGUUCUGGCCACUGGCAUAGAAUUGCAGUGAUGAGGAAUAUGGACAAUCUCAAGUUACAAGUAGACCAGAAGGUCCACCGUGUGGAUGGCUUUCUGAAACUUCAUUCGACAAUCACCAGAAAGAUUUUCAUUGGCGGCGUGCCAGAUCGCACCCAUGCUGGUCGCCAUGUAACCAAGGAGCCCUAUGUGGGUUGUAUGAGGAGGAUGAUGAUCAACAACAUCAAAGUGAACUUCAGAAAGGCAGCUCUAGUCCAUGGAGCAGUCAGUGUAGGAUCCUGUCCAGCUGUGUAGUAACACAAUAAAAAUGACAACUGUUCUCUAAUGCCUCACUCUUUGUAACUUGAAUGUUUUUUGGCUACAACCAAAACUCAAUGCCAAUAACCAAACUAAACAUUCAUUCAUUCAUUCAUUCAUUUUCCAUGCCGCUUAUUCCUCACAUGAAAAGCAUAAAUUUGGUAUAUUUCAUAGGACAUACAAAUAAUGGUCCAGCUAAUGUAUCUUAAUGUUUACUAUGUAAUAAUAAAUGGCUUUGUUUUGGCAAAACAUUUUGUUAAUGUGUUAUUUGUUUAAACACAUACGUAUACUUUUCAAAAAGCCAAUCCCAUCCAAUUUUUAUAUAUUUUUUAAGUUUGCUUGAAGGGGAAAUUUUACAGCAAAAUUUUACAACAAAAUUAACAUCCAGAUAUGAAAAAUAUACAAUAAAAUCUGACAUGAUCCAAACAUGUUUUGAAAUAAUUCUGUUGCAUAGUUUUCUCGAAAGUGCAGGGAAGUUCGCCAACCGGUCUACAUCUGUUAUGUGGAUUUCGAGAAUGUGUUCGACCAUGUCCCUCGGAGGGUCCUGUGGGGGGUGUUUUGGGCAUAGACUUCAUAAUAUAUUGACGGGAUGCGGGGCCGAUUAAUAGGAGGCCCAUCUCCGUCAAAACUUUCCGAGUGGAAAACCAGACAAAGAGUUUUUUAUGUUGAAAAAUCUUGUGAAUAAAUGCUUAAAUCUCUGAAUUCUCUAUAGAUGUGGACGUAAAACAGUCACGAUUCUUGGUUAAAAACAAAAACAAAAAUUCAUCAAAAUUUUCUUUUAUCCCAGACAAUAGUCAUCUGACGAAGGCGGAAGUGUUCGCCGAAACAUGUCAGGUAAUUAUACUACUAUUGAAAAUUUUGACUAAUCUAUGAGUGUGGGCAAAAUGAACUCAAUACAACUGCAAAAAAAAAAGGCAGUUAGCAUUUAUUUUACGUAAAUACUUCGAAUGUGCUGCUAGUCUUUAAGCCACUGUGGCGCCGCAUUAUCACCACAAAAAGCUCUUUACGCUUAAAUGCCUGAAUUCUUUAUAGAUAUCGACGUAAAACAGUCUCGAUUCUGGGUUAAAAGCAAAAAAAAACCCCCCAAAAAAACCGGACAGUUAACAUUUAUUUUACAUAAAUAUGUCGAAUGUGCUGCUAGUCUUUAAGCCAUUGUGGCGCCACCUUAUCAACACAGAGCUUUUUACAUUGAAAAUUCUUGUGAAUAAAUCCGAAAAUCGCUGAAUUUUUUUUUUAAUAGAUAUGGACGUAAAACAGUCUCAAUUAUUUGUUAAAAGAGCAACGAACCGGCUAGUUAGCUUUUAUUUUUUUUUAAGUCUGUAAGUCUGUCCAAUAUGCUGCUAGUCUUUA